UACUAAAAAAAAUCCCAAUAUUAUAUGAUACGACCCAAAGAUCAAAUCAGAGAGAGAAUUGCAAAGAAUAAAAAAUUGCUAAGGGAAGGAGAGCUUGCGGAAAUCUCCCUCAACAUAGGUAUACAAAGCAAUAAAUCACUGCAAUCAAUCAUUUAUCAGAAUUCACGACAAUAAGUAAUAUGAGUUAAUAACACGGAUUGAUUAAUAAAUCAACAACGCCCGAAUACUAGGAAAACCUGUAAAAAACAAAGCAAAUGCAACUUGCUUCUCAUUGUGUGCCUUUUAUUCAUUAUGUGAUGUGGAUUUGACGAAGGAACGAUAUAUGCGAUAUUUUUUCUUCAAAAUGGCCGAAUACGAGGACGGUAUUUCUACUGCGUUUCGACAGAAACCAAUUUAGUUAUAAGUUACCAUUUGAUGAAGAAGCAGUAGAUUUGUAGAUAAUAAGAAAUUCCAACAUAUUUAGUAGACUUUUGGUUGUUGUUUUCUAAUAGAAAACGUGCUGAUCAAAAUGCACCUGUGUGGACUGUUGUUCCUGGUUUAUUUGGUCCUGCCGGCAAUAUCUGCAGAAGACGUUAGUUAUCAAGCAUGCGUCGACAAAUACUCAAGGAAGGGCUACCAGCCGUGGCAAGAAUGGUCUGAUCACUACACUUGCCACAGAUAUCGGUGUGAAAUUCGCGAUGGAAAAUAUUUUAUAGCCGCUGUUGGAUGUCGAAAACCGAAAAUACCAGAAAACGCCCUAGAGUGCCACGAGUACAUAGAAGAUGAAAACGUUGAAUUCCCUACUUGCUGCGCCAGGCUUCGGUGUGUUGUUGAAAUAAACGGCGAGAGGAUCGUCCAAACCAGAGGCCAGCCCGGAGAACUGUUCCCUGACAAACCAUGGAAAGGUCAGCAGAACGAGCCGAACCCAGCGAUAGUGGGCAUGGGAGCUAUCCAGCAGAACACCGUCGGCGGAGAGCCCCAAGGGCAACCAGCACCAGGCAUCUUCAACAACCGAGGAGCAGGCAAGCAGAACCAGCCAACGAUCUUCCCGACAGCGGAUGGCAGCGAUAUUAGCGGCCGCCGAUACGUAGAUCCCUAUCCCACGCAACAAAUGCAAGAAUCACCCCGCAAGAAGAGGUCCACAAUAUAUCCCCUUUUUGAAAGGGGGCUCAUCAAAGAAUCGGGACCGUAUCAACCUCACCAACUGAAGAUUAACGGCUAUUCUCCUGAAAAGUACACUUCCUACUUUUCAAACAAUGUCAAAAAUCUGGCUACAUAUAAUCCCAAAUUACAUUUGAAUCUGUCAUAAAUAUAUAAAUUCUAUCUAUUUUGUUACUGAAUAAGACAAUGCUGAAUAAUUCUUCGAUUGCUAUAUGUAAUUGAACACAUUUUUUAUACUUUUGCUAUAAUACGCCGUCAGCUUAAGUGAAAAAUUAUAUGUAAGAAAAUGUAUCCAAUAAAUUUGACCAAAAACGCAAUACUAGAUAUAGACCUACACAUUAAUUUAUUAAAUUUAUGAUGCAAAUGAUAUUAUAGAAAAUAAUUACCUUCUGUGAAAUGUAUUAUUUUGAACAAAA